AUGGAGAUUCUUAGAGUUCAGCUUUUCGUCAUGACCAUUCUCUCUCUUGCUCUGGCUUUUGUUGUUCCUUCCAUCAAUGCUCAGAUCCCUGCACCUGCUCCAGCUCCCACGAGUGAUGGAACAACAUUGGACCAAGGAGUUGCCUGUGUACUGAUGCUGUUGGCUUUGGCUCUUACUUACAUCAUUCAUUAG